CCAACUCAUCUCUCUCGGACAUCUAUCUCCGCUUUCUCUCUUUGAAAAACAAAGAUGGAUAAAUCAUCAAUCCAAUGCUUCUUAUUCAUACUUCUUACCAUCAUCGCCACCAUAAUUUCAUGUUCGAAUGCGCAAAGAGAAGUUGAGGAUGAAAGUGAAUUUACCUACGAGCGGAAUCAAGAGAACGGGCCAGAAAAAUGGGGGAAACUGAAGCCGGAAUGGAAAAUGUGCGGAAAAGGAGAGAUGCAAUCUCCAAUUGAUCUUAUGCACAAAAGAGUUAGAAUUGUUUCACAUCUGGGAAGGCUUACUAGAAACUACAAACCUUCCAAUGCCUCUCUCAGAAAUAGAGGCCAUGACAUGAUGGUGAGAUUUGAAGAAGGGUCAAGUAGUAUUAAGAUCAAUAAUAUUGAAUAUCAACUCCAUCAGCUUCAUUGGCAUUCUCCCUCUGAGCAUACGAUCAAUGGGAGAAAGUUUGCUCUGGAACUGCAUAUGGUUCACGAAAGCUUAAACGGAAGAUUGGCUGUAAUCACAGUACUUUACAAAAUCGGAAGGCCAGACUCUUUUCUCAGCUUGUUGGAAAAUAAAUUGUCGACAAUGACAGACCCCAAUGAAGAAAAAAAUAUAGGAAUGAUUGAUCCCAGGGGAAUCAAGUUUGGAAGCAGAAAAUAUUAUCGAUAUAUUGGAUCACUUACCAUUCCUCCUUGUACCCAAAAUGUUAUUUGGACCGUCGUUAAAAAGGUAAAGACUGUGGCGAGAAACCAAGUGAAACUACUCCGAGUGGCUGUUCACGAUCAUUCAAAUACAAACGCAAGGCCGGUUCAACCUACAAAUAUGCGCGUGGUCAAAUUAAACAUACCAAAAUCUUGCUGAAGCAGAUACAAAUAUAAAAUCAGUUUUAUCACUUUGUUUUACAACGAACAGUGUAAUAAUAAUAUUGUCAUAAAUAAGGGAUGUGUUUCAUGAGUA